UCACUGUCUCUCCCGCUGCCAAGGAAACCGAGAGGAACAAAAAACCCAGUCGGCUUGCUAGGGUUUAUCGCGGAAUCGAGACCUUCGAGGGACUGCGUUUCUGUUUGUCCAAUCAAUCAAAUUGUUCCUUCGUCUGCCACUGCUCAGUUCGUGGAGGUGAUUUCGUUGCUUUGCUUGAUUAGCUUCAAAAGAUGUCUUCUUUUAAAAAUGCAAUCCCUAGAAAGGCUCACAAGGAGCGAGCUCAACCGCAAUCGAGGAAGAAGUUUGGAAUUCUUGAAAAACACAAGGACUAUGUCGUUCGUGCAAAAGCGUUUCACAAGAAAGAGGAGACACUACGGAGGCUCAAGGAGAAAGCUGCUUCUAGGAACCCGGAUGAGUUCUAUUUCAAGAUGAUCAAAACUAAGACUGUUAAUGGAGUUCAUAAACCAGAGAGCGAGGCGAAUAAAUACACUCAUGAAGAACUCAUGUUGAUGAAGACCCAAGAUAUGGGAUAUAUUCUUCAGAAAUUGCAGAGUGAUAAGAAGAAAAUAGAAAGGUUAACUGCUGUGCUGCACUCACUUGAUGGUCAGCCAUCAAACAGACAUGUUUACUAUGCAGAAGACAGGGAGGAGGCCAAAGAAAUGCAGUCUCAAUUUCCCAAAGAUGGAAAAGUAACUGUAUCUGAGGAUUUCCCUGAUGGUAUUGUAAGGAAAACAGCUGCUUCUUACAGAGAACUUGAGGCAAGGAAGAAGAGAGUAAACGAGUUGGAAAAAGUAUAUAUGGAUAUGGCACUGCAGAAAGAAUUACAGAAAAAUGGUCGGAAGCGAAAAUUACGUGAAGACGAGAUUGCGUCUCCAACCUCCAAACCAGUAUACAAGUGGCGAGCAGAACGGAAGCGAUGAAAUGUACGGAGUUUACUGUGACACACUGAUGUAUUCAGCAGCGUGUUUGAGUAUCAAUCAUAUUACUUGUGUAUUUCACCAUCUUGAAUUUCAAGACCUGAGGAGUGAGGAGAAAGUAAGGAGUGGAAAUUUUGUCAUUGGGGUGAGAUAUUAUUAUUACAUCUCUUGGAUGUGGCUUAUAUACUGGAACAAAGAUGAUUCGUUGGAAUGUCACACUGAAGCAGGUGAGAUGAGAAAAUUAUGAUGUCUUCAGAUUUAUUUAUUUUUUUCCCCCUCU